AUGGACUCACCAAUCGUCACCCGCCUCUUUAGGGAUCUCUUUCGCCAUCCCGCCUGCCAGUCCAGACAACGAUUGUCCGCCCGGCUUCGACCUGCAGCGAACCACAUCUGCCGUCAACCGCACCAUCACCAACGACGACAAUAUGCCGUCAAGUCCGGCCUCGGCAAGGGCGAGAAGACAAACGAGAGCAGGUGGCAGCAGAGGACCCAGCUGUUCCCGGCCGACAGGUCCGAGGAGUUUGAGACCUACCCUCUCGUCACGGCCGAGGAUCUGAAGGGGCGCGACGUGAGGCCAAGAAAGGUCAAGAUGCUCAUGCGAGACUUUGUCGACGACAGCUUGUACAAUCCCAACUACGGUUACUUCUCCAAAAACGCCGUCAUCUUCUCCCCCGGCCAGCCCUUUGACUUCCCCGCCUUUAGCCACGAACCGGCCUUCUACAAGGAGCUGGGCCACCGCUACACCGAGUUUGAGGAUGCCCUCGACGACAAGGAGGGCGUCAAGGACGACCGCCCGCUGUGGCACACGCCGACGGAGCUCUUUCGACCCUACUACGGCGAGGCCAUCGCCCGCUACCUCGUCUCCAACUACCGCCUCACCACCUACCCCUACCACGACCUCAUCAUCUACGAGAUGGGCGCCGGCCGCGGCACCCUGAUGCUCAACAUUCUCGACUACAUCCGCGACAUGGACCCCCAGGUCUACGCCCGCACAAAGUACAAGAUAAUCGAAAUCUCCUCCUCCCUCGCCGCGCUCCAGGGCCAGAACCUGCUGCGCGCCUCGGGCCACGCCGACAAGGUCGACAUCAUCAACAAGUCCAUCUUCGACUGGAACGAGCGCGUGCCCUCGCCCUGCUUCUUCCUGGCCCUCGAGGUCUUUGACAACUUUGCCCACGACUGCCUGCGCUACGACCUGCGCACCGAGGAGCCCCUGCAGGCCCGCGUCCUCAUCGACGACGACGGCGACUUUUACGAGUUCUAUGACACCCGCCUCGACCCCGUCGCCGCCCGCUUCCUGCGCGUCCGCCACGCCGCCACCGCCGGCCGCUACCCGGCCCCCUACCCGGCGAGCCGCCUCGCCCGCGACCUCCGCAGCCGCCUGCCCCUGGCCCCCAACCUCUCGGCCCCCGAGUACAUACCCACGCGCCUCAUGCAGUACCUCGACGUCCUCGAGAGCGACUUCCACGCCCUGCCCGACGCCUUCGAUGGACUACAUGCGCCCGUCGUCCAGACGCGCUUCGAGCGCCGCACCGUGCCCGUGACGACCCCUCUCCCCCAGGGCCCCCAGGGCUACUUCGAAAUCAUGUUUUCCCCCGACUUCAACGUCGUCGAGGCCAUGUACCAGGUCAUCACGGGCAAGCUCACGCGCGUCUCGUCCCACGGCGACUUUAUGCGCCGCUGGGCCUACCUCGAGGACACGGAGACGCGCAGCGGCGAGAACCCCCUGCUGAGCUACUACCAGAACGCCAGCGUCAUGGUGACCGUAUAG